UAAUACAAAGAUUAAUUGUAAAAAUAUGACUGAGACUUUUAUUUUAUUUUUAGUUUGCAAACUUCACAAAGGUAGUGUUAUUAACAUUUUAGGUUGCUCAUUUCUUUUGAAAUUAACAUGUUAUUUAAAUUUUACUUUUAGUUAUAGCUAAAUAAAAAAUCUGUUGAGUUUAACUUCCACCAUAAAAUUAAAACUCCAAAUGAAAUACAACAUUCGUAUUUUCACAAGUUUAAAUAUAUGUUUAAGUUCACUUCAAAACUUUGCGUCACAAAAUAUGAAAACUAGGAUUAUGGGAUUGAAAGGCGUGACCAAUAAUAUACCCUACUCUCUAACUAAGGCUGUUUCAAGAAAACCAAUCAGUGUUUGCCCUACUCAGUGUGUGUUAUCCACCUGUACGUUAUUCGUUAAUGGUCAUCAUGCUCUUAGUGAAGCACUUUGAGACACCUGUAGUUUGUUACGUUCAAGAAAGUGAUUCGAUUUGAUGUAUUCAAAUAUUAACUAGUUUAGGUAAUGACGUCAACAUGUCAAACAAUCAUCAUUCUAAAUCAACUUUAGAUGGACUUCCCAAGUCGUUUAUUUCAGCGAUGCGCUCAUUAUUUGAAAUAUUAGACGAUAGGAAGACAGGAUUUGUGAAGUUCACUGACAUUGAAUCGCGAUGGCAAGAAAAUGGCACAAAGGAGUUGCCCAGAGGUGUUCUAGAAAGUUUACGAAAAGUCACUCCACCUAAUGGAUACUUGAGUUUUGAACGUUUUUGUGCUGGUCUUAAAAUUUGUUUGCUUCGUCAUAGAUCAAAUAACUCGAAUGAACCUACCUCACAGAACAAGCAAGGUGUUUUUCAAGGCUCAAAACUACCAUAUUUUUCCCGACAAGAUUCUUCAAUGUCUCACCGGCCCGCGUCAGUACCCCUUCCCGACAUAGAUAGAAGACAGGCCCCCAAAACUAAGCUAUUGCCAGCGGCAGUUAUACGAACAAACAGCGUCUCGCCAGAAACUAUGCCUCAGCAAAGACAGUCCGAACACCUCAAAAGCGCCAACACCGCAACCGUCCGUCCAAACAACGCUAUAGUGCAACAACGAGCUGUCAGUAUGCCACAGCUACAGACUGAACAUCAAGGCUGCAACCGAAUAGUCAUAGUGAACGUUUGCGUGGUAUGAGAGGUUAAAAGUGAACUGCGUAUAAACAUCCCCACCAAUUCUUCAAAUUCUGCAGAUGCACAGGUUCUGGGACAACGAAGAAAUGGUAGACUGGAUAAAAAUGGAAUUAUGGAUGCAUUACAGAAUUGGCGUUUAGGCAUGAUAAUGAACAACGACGUCAGUGGUUUUCAAAACAAUAUAAAAGAAAAGCCCUACUAUGAUGGAAAUGAAUUUCUCCCAAAGUAUUACCUUGCCAACAGAGAACAUAACCAGAUUGAUCCUCUAACCACUUCGACAAAAAUCAGAGAUAACAACGAUCCACUUGGAGGAGCAGUGAGUGAUGGUGGCGCUGCAUUUAGACAGACAGAGAGCAGACCUACAGCCAAGAAAGCUUUCAACAGAAGGCGGGAACCUAGAAGACAUACUUUAGCUAAUGGGAUUGAUUACAAUAUGUUGAAGCGCAUGAAGCAGUUGGAGCAGGAACGAGACAUUUUGUUCCAAGGAUUGGAAGCAGUUGAACGAGCUCGGGACUGGUACCAGCAACAGAUUGGUAGCGUCCAGGAGAAAAUGCGCUAUGUCAGCAAAACAAACACAAACUUUGGCUUUCCUUUGCACAUGAAUCUUGCCGUUCGACAGCCGGCAGUGCUUAACAGGAUGCAACAAGAUUCUACACAAUCAAUUAUUCAGAGGUUGAAAGAACAAAACAAAAUGCUAACUCAGGAAGUGGGGAAUAAAAGUGAACGCAUUACUCAGUUGGAAAGAGAAAAAUCCUCUCUCAUCCGAGAGUUGUUUCAAGCAAGAACUCAACACCGUCGAGAAAGAGAUGAUACGACUUUCAUGUGAUACCAUAGUUUGUGACUUUCUCAGAGGGUAUAAUUAUGUUAACACGUAGGUUUUAAUGUAUACUCCACAAUCAUGUAAGUGCCUUUUUUUUCAGUAACUUUUAAGCAUUAAUUCCAGUGUACAAAAGCUUUAACGUUGCAUGUAGUGAAGUGGGUAGUAACAGUGUUUUUAAUAUUUAAAAAUUAUCUUGUAUUUAAAGACCAUUUUUAAUAUCUUAUGUGAAUUUUUUAAACCAUCGUUCAUUUUAAUCUUAUAAGUUAU